AUGGCCCCUGCCAUCGAGCCGGCCUAUAUAGGCGGCGACCUCUCGACACUUAAGGAGGACCUCUACAGAGCAUACUGCCCUCCAGGUUGGACGGGGAGAUUCGACUGGUGCCUCAGUGGGGAGAAGGACAGACUCACCUGGCACCUGAUGGAGACCGCUGGACGUUUCAACUUGUACCUCUCACACCUCUUCAGCACCACUGAACGAUUGAAAUUGUAUCGUCGCGACGAUACUGCCACCACCACUCCUGUAGACAACGACAAGCAGGUUCAGCAGAGCUCCAGCACCGCACCGGCCCUCUCGCCUUCCGCUAUUGUCGGCAUCGCAUCAUUGGCGCUAUGUUCUUGUAAGUCCAGUAAACCUCUCAUUACUUAUCUCUUCCUCUCCACCACACUCCAAUCUUCGCCCCCUCAAACCAUCAGACGGACCACUAACAACCUCGCCCCAACCCACAGCUGCAUCGCCUCAGCAGCCAUGCUUCGCUACUUCACACACACCCCCGACCCAACCUCCACCUCCUCCCUCUACCGCCCCGAAGACGCCGGCCAGCUCGAGCGCAUGAAAGAAGUCCGCGAGUUCAACCGUGCUGCGGCCUGGGAGCGCGCCGAAGAGGCUCGUUGGGCGGACGAGCAGGAAAGUGAGCGCAAGCGAAGAGAGAGGGCGAUGAUGAGUCGUGUUAUUGCUGCUGGCGGCGGUCGUCGAGGGACAGGAAGUGGGAGUCCGCCGUCGGAGACCAAAGAGGAGUGGAGGAAGAGGAUGGGGAUGAGUGCGAUGGAGGCCCAGGGUGGGUUUGAUGUUGACGCUGGUGAGCAGUGGCCGUUAGGUGGUGGCGGCGGAGGCAGGGAGAGGGAAACCUUGUUGGGUGGUUCGCGAGACUACAGUGAUGGCGCGUAUCUGGAUGUCGAGGAGAGUGCUGGGGACGCAAGCAGUGGGGGCAGUAGUGAUCGGAAGGGCAAACAGGUCGAUCGGAAUCGAGUCGAUGGUCUUGGUGGUGGCGAUCCGGGUGAGACGAGACCGUUGACGGCUCCGCCUACCUUGAUGUUUGGCGGUGGCAGAUCGGUGGCUCCGAAAGAUUUGCAGCAGCGACAGAGGAUGGAGGAGGAAGGGCAGUGGCAGCAGGCAUCGAUCAAGCCCGUGACUCCAGACUACUAUGACUGA